AGGGGCAAAGGGGGCAGGAACCGCAGUGCGCGCAAUGGAGACAAGCUGAAUAGAUGACCAAACAAGAUCUAAAGAGCUGAGGGAUUGAUGCGCAAAAAGGACCACCAUUCACCAGUGGCCUGUUUCCAUUUUUACCUUUCCACACUGCAAAAUGGCACCGAUCUCUACCAUAUUUUUAGUCUGUGUAACAUCUAUGCUCAGUGGAGCACAGAGCGUGCCUGAGACUUGCCGGGGGGCGCACUGUUUCUCUGGUCAGGACUGGAGAAGACCGUGCGUCGGAGCGCAUUGCCAGGGGCGCACGGAGGCAGUAGCGUCCCGACGGCACUCCACACAGUCCAGACAAGGACAAGUCUUUCCGAGUUACCAACAAGAUGCUCAUUUCAGUCAUCACCAAGUCCAGAGCGCGCCGCUAGCACCGUACACCAUCAUCCAACCACAGCCUGGAGGCUUUGCGCAACAAGCAGGUACGGAUGGCACUAGGAGGACGAACCCGAGAACCAUCACGGCGGAGGUGUUCCAUCCAGGCUGCGUCGGUGGGACUUGCCCGACCACUGUUUCUCAUCACCCGACAAGUGAUGACAGUGCCACACGGGAUUGCAAAGGGAUUGGAUGUAAAUUUCCCCUCCGGAUGCGCCAGAAGCCCAAACAUUGCACCGGAGAGGGCUGCGGUCUGCAUGGAGGAGACGACGGGAGGGGAAACUCACCGGUUCAUGUGACUGACAGAGCGGCGCAAUUUCUGGAUGAGUUUCCAGACUUUGGGUCGGAACGUGGUGCGUGGAUACAGUUGACAUGUGACAUGAAACCAGGGACCAAUGAGGUUCCCUCAGAGGACGCUCUUGUUCUGCAGCUACAGUUAUCCAAGAGUCAGGAGAAGCUGGUUGAGGCCCUCAGGGGCCAACAGGACGAGGUCAAGGAGCUGCAGAGGCUCCUCAGUGAGCAGCAGGGGACGCUGGUCAACCAGCAAAGAGAAAUACUGGAGCAACAGAGGAGGAUGUCUGAACAGAUGGAGCAAGUGAAAGCCCAGUACAAUGUAUUGAUGGACAGCAUCAAACAAACAUCUUUCCAGAACCUCCGGGGGGAGCUAGAUAGUCACAUGGAAAACUUGAGUGGGCAGGUGAGAGCCCACCAAGCACAGCAGGCUCUCUCUCUGCACAAGGUGGACAUGGAGGCCAGUGUGAUGGAGGUGGGUCGCUCCCUGUUGGCCUGUGGGAGCUGCGGGUCUGACGAGUACUGUGGCUUCAGCAGCGGUCAUCCUCGCUGUGAGAAAUGUACCAUCUGUCCUGCUGGGUUCUUCCUGGUCGCCCAGUGUUCAGUCCACGCAGACCGAAUCUGCCAGGACAGAGAUGAAUGCCUUGAAAUCGCUGAUCUAUGUGGAGAUGAACAGAAGUGUCUCAAUACUCCAGGUGGAUUCAGGUGUCAGGGUAUGACAGAGCAAGAUGCCAACGCAGGAAUGUGUGGCCACAGCUACUUCUUCAACUCGGACAUGGAUGAGUGUCAGGCCUGUAAUGAGUGCGAUGGGGAGCCCGUAGCUUCACCUUGUACCUUCACCACAGACGCCAUCUGCUCUGGCCCUGUCGCUACUGACAGCGCACUCUCUCUUUCCUGGGCUGGAGACGUGAGUCUGCCUGGCACCAGAGGCAACAUCCUGGCUCAUGCCUUCCCUGGUGUGAAGCUUCACAUCCAGGGAAGAGGCGAUCCAGGUCUGGUGUCCACUGAAGACGGCCGCCUGGUUCUCAGGCAGCACGGUCUAGUCUGGCUGGAUGAGAAUCUCUCGGUGAGCCAUGGCUGUCGAAGUUUCAUCCAGGUGUGUCUGCGUAUGAACACCACAGAUAGCUCUGAAGGACGUGACCUCAGUGGCGUUAGGAUCGAGCAGCAGGAGGUAAGGUCCCUACAGAGUGACAGUAUCAGUGGGGUAGCAGAGGUCGCCCCGGGUCACAUGAUCUCCCUAGUCCUCCGGAGUGCUAGCCACCAUUGUAACCAAAGCGGUGAAGGUCUGAAGCUGUAUGACCCCUCAGCAGCUCCACUCAGUCUUCUCUGGCUCUCUCAUGACACGGGAGCUGUUGCCAUGACAGCACAGGCCACGGUAUCCACACACUACCAUACAAACUAUCGUCCGGUCUUCAGCACCACUUCCACCUCUGACCCCUAUGUAGUGGGGCUAACUCACGAUGGCCGUGGGAUCCGCUUUGCAGAGAGUGGCACCGUGCGCUUUGUAUUCCAGCAGGCGUUGUACUCUAUGGGCCAGGCAUGUGUGAGUGAGGGCUUCCAACUGUUGGCAUAUAUCAAUCACAAUGGAACCGGUAUGGAGCUGUGCCGUUCCUUCAAACCAGGCGUCCACUAUCGUGACACAUCUAUAUCUCUGUCUGGAGCUUCCAAAGUUAGCCCUGGGGACACCCUUGGCUUUGAGAUUCUCUCUCCUGCUCAGUGCAACGUACGUUUCUUUGGGGACGAGACAGGCAUCAGUACCCUCAGCUUGGUUUGGGUCCCUGCUGCUAUCUCAUCCUCUUUGUUUGCCUCCGUGGCUCACACCGGCCUUCCCUCAGGAGCAGUACGAAACAAGCCUCUGUUCUUCCGUCAGACCACUGCUCAGGUGCCCCAGAUGGGGCUGCUAGGGAAGGGAUCCACAGAUCAGAAACGAGACUUCGUCUUCAGGGAGAGCGGCACAGCCAGUGUGGCUCUGGAUCUCAAACUCAUUCACUCCUGCAACCUGGUCAAGGUGACUCUUCUAAGGCGAAGUGAUACAGAGGGGUCUGGAGGAAGCCGGGAAGUAGAGGCAAUGCGACCGGUCCCUCUGGCCCAGCAUGUGGGUGGUCAGAUGCCUGAGAGCAGCCAUUGGGCCAGAGUGAGCCUGCGGGCGUCCUUCCAGGUUCAUAAUGGCACAGCGGUGUUCUUCACAUUGGACUGUGUACGUGGACGGGUCAACCAGAUCAGCCACCAAACAGGAAGUGGAGUGUCUAUCAUGUGGGUUGCAGCAUAACAUAACAAAGACAAAAGUUUAUUGCGUUGUUUCUUCAUAUGGUUUCAAGUUCAGUAGCCUAAUGUUAAGCCAUUUAUGUGUUGGAUUAGUUUCACUGGUUUGAUUUUAGUCAGUUGACAGUUUUGUGCUCAGAGUUGGACAAGAGGAUUGACACCAUUCUUAGCUUAAAGACUGGAAAGAGGUUGAAACCGCUUGCCUGGCUGUGCCCAAAGCUAACAGAUCACACCUAUUAGCACUUUAUAUUUUGUUUGUUUCAUUUGUAAAAAAAAAAGUAAAGUGUCAAAGCAACAAGUUGUGGUUUUAUGCCAGACUAGCUGUUUCCCCUGGCUCCAGCUUUUAUAAUAAGCUAAACCACCCGGCUGUAGCUUAUGUAACAGACACAUGAAAGAAUGGUACCAAUCUUUUUAUUUAACUCUCUUAAUAAGCAUAUCUCCAAAACUUGUUUGUUAAAUGAUUUUGUGUUUAAAAAACAAACUGGAUUAUGGACUAGUAACAUUAUGCAUCAAUCAUUGUAUUUAUAUUAAUGCAAGUACUAGUAUUGUGUAAUGAUUUCUGCAAAGUACAAAUGAUGGCUCUGACCAAAUGUGUUCAGCUUCUAGUAGACACAGAUUUUCUCAUACUGAGUGAGUUUUCUGUUUUUCUGUUCAGAAAUUCCAUGUGCUGUAGUUUGUCUGUCUUUUAUUUAUGUAAUUCAGUUACUCUGUUGACACCAAAGGACCUUCAGAUCAUUCCCACUGUGACUACAGCAUUUUCUGCUGUCACCAAAAGCAAUUCGCUGGUGCUGGUUCCAUUCAGGAGUGUGUGUGUGUGUGUGUGUUUUUUAAGAGCAUGUGUUUCAUGUUAGCCGCCAUUUUCUAAUGUGAAUAUCUACUGCAUGCCUUGUUUAAUGACCACUUUCUGCAUAUAACGGACUUAAAGAGAGUCAUGUGUUUCGCUAAGGCCUCGUUGACAUUUAACUGUCCUUUAGAGAGGGCAUGCUAUUUUAAAUAUCAACACCUUAGUCACUGUUUAGUCCAAAUGUAAUAAAAUGUAUAUUUGAUGUUUUAUAUUAAAUACAAUAAAAAGAAGAA